AUGAAAGAUCGCGCCGCGUACCGUGCCGAUGUUCGUGCACGGCAUGCAGCCAUGCUCGAGGGGGUCAAGAAGGAUAUACCACAAGCUGCAUCCACCAUAAAAGCGCGAGCACAUGCGCGCUGGGGCUACGUGGAUCGUGAACGUACCUCGACAUUCCGGUCGCCCACGCAGGCCAUCCUAGGACCCAACUUUUAUCCCGAUGACCAAACGAUUCGGAAUGACUACUCCAUGCACUUUGUCGAUACAGGUCUCACGACCGUGCCUGGUGCGUGGAUUCAAAAUGUUACGCGGGAGACCCGCUUUAUAGAACACCCAAAACUACGACGUCUCUUAGAACUCAAGGCGGACUUGGUGCGGUAUACUGCCAUUCCACCCACCUAUUUCCCGAUGGACCUUCGCUCAUGGCUGACACAGCCUACGCCGUCUCUGGGCGUUUUGGAAGCCCUGCAAUACGAUGUGAUUGUGCUCGAUCCGCCGUUGACAUCGUAUGCGUGGGAUGCGCCCCAGGAUGCCUCUGCUUGCUGGUCGUGGGACGACAUUGCACGCCUUCCGAUCCCGCGCAUCGCCUCGCGUGAUAGUUUCGUGUUCUUGUGGGUCGGCAGUGGCGCGAGUGAUGGCUUGGAACGAGGCCGGGAAGUGCUGGCACAAUGGGGAUACCGACGCUGUGAGGACAUUGUAUGGGUCCAAACAACCGAUCAAACGAACCGUGUACAACCGCCUUCGUCGCUGCUUGCUCCCAGUGUGCAACAUUGUUUGAUGGGCAUACGCGGGACUGUCGUACGCAGUACCGACUCGUUCUUCGUGCACUGCAAUGUCGAUACAGACGUGCUGUUAUGGCCAGGCGAGGCAACACACGCCGGCGGUCCCAUCUCGCCCAUUCCCAAGCCGCCCGAAAUGUACUCUCUCAUUGAAAAUUUCUGCUUAGGCACACGGCGUCUGGAACUCUUCGGCACGAACCGCAAUAUCCGGCCAGGAUGGCUGACCAUCGGCCAAGAAGUCGGGCCACAGGCUCCAGGAUGGGAUGCACCAGAGAGGCUUGCCGCGAUACCGUUCCAUCCUGCGAGUUACUUGCGCUACUUUGCGUUGGAUCCACCAGGGUGUCCGUUGCAUGCGCGAGCCAAUUUGCUCCCGCAUUCCGACGAAUGCGAAGUGUUGCGUCCACGUACACCGCCGAGUCGGCAGGAUCCUAGCGAGGCAUAUACCAUCUCGUACUCGGCAUGGCAUACACGGCCGGUACGUCGUCAGCCGCCACGGAGUCAAUUGCUGGGCCAAGGCGCUGGCGGACGCGAUACGGUCAGUCGCCGAAGUGAAAGUGAGCGAUUUAGUGGGGCUCAAGCGCAAGUCCUUCAGCGUGGCCAGCAAGAGCAACGAUUCAGUACGUGA